GUUUCCGCGGGAGCAGGAGCGUCCUUGUCUUGGUUGACAGUCGCAUUAUCCAAGUUCAAUGUCGCCUCUUCCUCCUUCUUGGGGUUCACCAGUUUCUCCAUUUCGUUCGCCGCCACUUGUGUUGCGAUAGGCGCGGCCGUGGGGGCAUCAGUCACCAGAAUCAACGCCUCCGCAUUAACGUUCGUCUUCUGUGUGCCAGGAAUAUCUGCAGACGUCGGAGUAACAGCGUCGCCACUUACACCCAGAGCAUCGAAUGGUUCUUGCUCGCCCACGUCCCCGUUAAUGUCUUCCUCGACGCUCCCCAGCGGGGUUUCUACCGCGCGCACCAGCAUCCACGUCGUCUGGAACGACGUCGCGGCUAUAGCUACCGUCCCCAGCGUUUGUCUGCCAGCUCUGAUUGGGGUCAUCGUCCCCUGCCGCAUCUUGUUGCCGCUGUCGUCAAUCAGUGAGUGCUUCUCUCAAACGCUCAACUACCGAAACUCAUGCUUCAUGAGGGUUGAUAGGUUUUCUGCUUUUCACAUCGCAAUUCUGAUUUUUAGAGAUCCAAAGUGACGUUCAUGUCUUCCGACGAGGAGAUCGAAGCAGAGCUGCGGCGCGGGUUGCUCAACGACGACAACGAUGAUCGACCGAAGAACGCUUCAUCGAUGGGUGCAGUGGAGCGGCUGGUGCUGUCGCCUUGGGAAAAAUGGGCCGCUCACGGCCGAUUCCCGUACAAAUUGAUGCUGCACAUAGCGCUGGUGCUGCUCACAUUUGCGCAGAUGCAGCUCUACGACGCGCAGAAUGCCGCCUACAUGCGUGCUUCACAUCGCAACUGGGCAUUCUUCUUUCUUCCUCCUGCUGCGGACAUCGGCGUCGUACCACGCUUCCAGCGGGAUUUUUACACUAUCAAUCGCACGAUGACGGCGGUACACUUCUUGCGAGAUGCCUAUUUCUCGAUCGGAAACGACUCAGUCGCCAAUUACGAGUAUUUGCGCACCUCGUCUGGCGAAGUCCAACCACUGAAGCUGAUAGUCGAUCGAGUUCUACCUCAUGGCGAUUUAGAAACGCGAGAAUACCUCGUCUCGCAGGACGACGAGAGUGUCGGACCUUUUGACCCAGCAAUGUCAUUGUGGCAGAAAAAACAUUUAUUUCGAUCAUUACGCGCCCUCAAGUUUUCCUUUCCGUUGCGUGACCACCAGUUCGGAAAUUUUUACGAAGAGUGCUUCGAGUGGCAAGUGAAUGUGAAAUUUGAAGUCAUCGAGAGCGCUCAGAUUCAUGUUGAGCUGGAGGACUGCGAAGUUUCCCGCUGUGCAAGCACACAUCCACGUCCAUUCUGGACUACGGCCAGGCAGAGCUUUGUAUGGAUGCAUGUGGUUGUUGCAGUAGUUUCGAUUUUAUACAUUAUGCUCAGCCUCAAGGCCCUGCGGCGGUCAUUCCAAGUCAUGGCACGAGCCAGAGGUUUAUUAAGAGACAAUGCCAAGGACAGAGAGAAUCUGGACAACGGGCUGCACAAUGUCACUACAAACGCGAAGGAUGGCGACAACUCGCACCGCUACAUUAGGCAACACGUACCUUUGAGAUCGUGGACUGAGAUUCCAUUUACGCUCAAGCUCAAACUCAUGAAUGAAUUGUACGUCAACUGGCCUAGAUUUUGCAGCUCCGUAGCUAACAAUAAUGUCGUCCUGCAGACAAUUAAUCGUGUUUACCUCGCUGUUACUUCUACUUGCGAGCACCAUGUGGAGUUUACUCUUCUUGGAGGCUCACAUGCCUAUUCGAUUUUGGCAUCGGUUGUUGCAUGCGACAGCGUUGCUACUGCUCUGGAGCUCUCUCGUGGGAUACUUGGAGCACAACCAGCAUAUCUAUUCGAUUGUCUUAACGCUCAAAUGGGGAACACCUCGCGUGUUGCAGUUUUUAUUGGGUGUAUUCCCAAUUUUCUUUGGAUAUGCCCUUUUCGGGACGAUAUACUUCGGAAACAAAAUCGAAGAGUUCGGUACGCUGAGUGCUUCGAUGAUUUCUCUUUUCUCGCUCAUGAAUGGAGACAUUAUCAUGGACACUUUUGACGCAAUGGAACUGCACCAAUUUACCGUAUCCGGGAAGGUGUUCUUGUACUCGUUUAUCUCACUCUUCAUGUAUGUGGUCCUGAAUAUCUUCAUCGCCAUCGUCGAAGAAGCCUUCUUCGCGACGCAAUCUACUCGACGCCGGCUAAGUGACUUGUUGUCGGACCCUCGCGUAUCUGGCGUAAACGCUGCCAAGGAAUCCGAUAUCUCUGCGGAAAUGAUGCGAUCUUUGCUUCAGCUAAUGGACUCCGAAUGAACUCGGGCUAGCGUUAAGAGCAAUAUAUUGUUAGUUAUUUGGUGCAGGUAUGAAGGGUUCAACUAGUGUAUGCAGAUCGCUCGAGUUUAGCACACGAUAUAUUACUCUCCUAGCACCUCAGUGGCAAGCUUGGUGACGUCGUCGUCGACCUGCACGACAUGUUUGUGCAGGGACUGGCACUGUUCCUGCAACGUGGUGAUAUGGCCACGUUGGACGUUCAGACACUUGUUGAGGCGCUCAAUCUCCUCGCUAGCGGUGUUAAGCUUCUUCUGGUAGUCAAUGCGAAGCUUGUGGAGCUCCUCACUGGUGCGCUCCGUGAUUUCCUCGAUCUUGGUCAAGAGCAAUGUCUUGUCUGCCUGGUGAAUCGACAUGAGCUUCUGAAUCGUGUCUUCAUGGGACUGUACCUUGCACUCGAGUGAAUACAGUUGAUCCUUGACACUCAAACGGUUACCGUUGGAGACAGACGUGUUGGAAUUGCUUGGGGACAUUAUGCGCGAGGAUGAGCGACGGACUUCCCUCGAAGGAGACUGAGCUUGCAUUUCAUCUUCGAUAUCGGCAAACAUCCUUUCACUCUCCAUCGAAAUCUUCAUGCUCUUCAUGCUGCUCGUUCCGGACAAACGCGACUCCAUUGCUAGCAGGUAGAACUGUGAGCGACGUGGGCUGCGAAACGAGCACUGGAGAGAAGAUUGGAGAUUGAGGGCGAACAGCGGCUCUACCGCUCAACGAGCAAACCAACGAGCAAGUCAACCGCCCCAUAAUACCAACCAGUCUAGCGCACUGCUGACACCA